AUGAAAAAAUAUUUCGCUAUCCAUUUAUUGCUAUUAGUCUUGCAAACCAAUGGACAGAAGGCGAGAAAAAACUGGUCACAAAAGUCCUUGGAACUCGAUGGAGAUGGGACGUUUGGUCUGUGUGAAAACGAAUUUGGUCAGUCGUAUUACUUCAAGGAAUACGAAGGACAAGAGAAUCUAUGUCUGAAACACGUGGCGAAGGUGAAAUACAGCAAUCUAAUCAAUGAAACAGGAUGGGCAUAUGUUGAAGUCGAAGUUUCACCACGAAUAACGCAACCAUACAAACAAGGAUAUGCUGCUGGAUUUGUGGAA